AUGGCUCAGGCGGUGAACCGGAUUCGCGGGGCAUUCGCGCCCCCGCGGAAGGGCGAGACGUUCGAGCUGCGCGCGGGCCUGGUGUCCCAGUAUGCACAUGAGCGGAAAGAGGCCAUCCAGAAGACCAUCAUGGCCAUGACUCUGGGCAAGGAUGUAUCGGCGCUGUUCCCAGAUGUCCUCAAAAACAUUGCAACCUCAGAUCUGGAUCAAAAGAAACUGGUGUAUCUAUAUCUGAUGAACUAUGCCAAAUCGCACCCAGACCUCUGCAUUCUCGCCGUCAAUACCUUUGUGCAAGAUUCAGAAGAUCCGAACCCGCUUAUCCGAGCACUGGCGAUCCGAACAAUGGGCUGUGUCCGUGUCGACAAGAUGGUGGAUUAUAUGGAGGAGCCGCUUCGCAAGACGCUGCGGGAUGAGUCCCCUUACGUCCGCAAAACGGCCGCAAUCUGCGUCGCCAAGCUGUUCGACCUCAACCCCACAAUGUGCAUCGAAAACGGGUUUCUCGAGACGCUACAGGAGAUGAUUGGGGAUCCGAACCCCAUGGUUGUGGCCAAUUCAGUGCAGGCUCUGUCCGAAAUCAGCGAGACGGCGCCUGAGACCAGAGCUCUUGUCAUUACUCCCAACACGCUGAAGAAGCUGCUUAUGGCCCUCAAUGAGUGUACUGAAUGGGGGAGGGUCACGAUCCUUAGCACCUUAGCGAGCUACCCGCCUACCGACGUCAAGGAGUCGGAGCAUAUCUGCGAAAGAGUUGCGCCGCAGUUCCAACAUGUCAAUCCUAGCGUUGUCCUGGCCGCUGUCAAGGUCGUCUUUACCCACAUGAAGCUGAUUAACCCAGAGCUGGUCCGGCAAUAUCUGAAGAAGAUGGCACCUCCUUUAGUCACCCUUGUCUCCUCUGCCCCAGAAGUCCAGUAUGUUGCUCUCAGGAAUAUCGAUCUUCUCUUACAAGCGAAGCCCGAUAUCCUCAGCAAAGAGCUCAGAGUAUUCUUCUGCAAAUACAACGACCCCCCAUACGUCAAGCUCCAAAAACUCGAAAUUAUGGUCAGGAUAGCAAACGACAAGAACUUUGAUCAAUUACUGUCCGAGUUGAAGGAAUACGCCUUGGAGGUCGAUAUGGAUUUUGUCAAGCGAGCCGUCAAGGCUAUCGGCCAGGUUGCCAUCAAGAUCGAGGCAGCAAGCGAGAAGUGCGUCAACGCGCUCCUUGAUCUAAUCUCCACCAAAGUCAACUACGUCGUCCAGGAGGUUGUUGUGGUCAUCAAGGACAUUCUUCGAAAAUAUCCCGGCUAUGAAGGGGUUAUCCCGACUCUGUGCAAGCAUAUCGACGAACUAGACGAACCAAACGCCCGAGGGUCACUAAUCUGGAUUGUUGGGGAGUACGCCGAGAAGAUCAACAAUGCCGAUCAAAUAUUGGCUGGCUUUGUUGAUGCUUUUGCUGAGGAGUUCACUCAGACCCAACUACAAAUCCUCACUGCUGUUGUCAAACUCUUCUUGAAGAAGCCCAGCAACAACCAAGGCCUCGUGCAAAAGGUUCUGCAACUAGCCACAGCAGACAGCGACAAUCCCGAUAUCAGGGACCGCGCUUACAUCUACUGGCGUCUUUUGUCGGGUGAUCUCGACAUCGCCAAGAGCAUUAUCCUAGCCCAAAAGCCCGCCAUCUCCACCACGGUAACCAGCUUGCCACCCGUACUCCUCGAGCAGCUCCUGUCAGAACUCUCCACACUUGCAUCGGUCUACCACAAGCCGCCCGAGUCGUUCGUCGGAAAGGGCCGCUUCGGCGCCGAGGCGAUCCAGCGCGCGGCCAUCCAGGAACAGCGCCAGAAUGCUGCCGAUAACCCCAUCGCCGCCUCGGUCGCCGCCGCCGCCGCCGCCAAUGGCACCGGCACUGGCGCCCCCCAGAGCAACAUUGAGAACCUGCUCGACAUCGACUUUGACGGCGCCGCCCCCGCCAGCGCUGACGCCGCCACCCCGGAUCGCAUGGCUAGCCCGGUUUCAGUAGGCGGCAUGGCUGGCCCCCCGCCCGGCGGUGUCGCUACUGCUGGUGCUGCUGGCGGUGGCAUGGCGGAUAUCAUGGGCUUGUUUGAUGCGCCUGUGGGGGGAGCGCCCGGCCCGGUGCAGGCCGGCGGCGGGGCCAUGGGCGAUUUGAUGAGUGGCUUUGCAGGCAUGGAUCUGAGUGGCACGAGCGCGCCGCCCCCGCCGGGGCAGCAGUUAGGUCAU